CACCAGCAAAUAAAAAAAGAAAAGUAUCGCUUGUUUAUUAGUUGGAAUUUUAAAGUGAUUUUUCUUACUUUUAAUGUAAUUUGCUGGAUCAAAUUGAUUUUCUUUAGAACAUUGGUUUUUUUCAGUUGUGGACUUAUCUAAAAUGAUAGGUGUCAUUUCUGAUAUAUCGCGAAACAUAGCUGGACUGUGUCGGAUAUGUUCGGCACCUGGAUCACAUAGUCUGUUUGCUAAAAUUCCGCCAUACCUUCAUGAACACCCUCGUGAAUGCCCCCGCUGGACAAUGUCGAUCUGCAAGCUGGUAACCGAAGUGGCUGGAGUUGACAUAAACGAGGAUGAUGGUUUGCCACAGAAAAUAUGCGUUCUGUGUAUUUCCUAUCUGAAACAUGCCUAUACAUUCCGGCGACAGACAAUUGACAAUGUGGCCGCCCUACUGGCUGCACGAUACUUGGUCGGGCUUCAACAGAUAGAACAAAAGGGUGAUAAGAAUAGUAUGGAGCAUGUUAUCCCACCGAUAGUGGUUCCAACCGAGGUUAUCAAGGCAGAAGUAAAUGAUGUCACGCACAGAAUGAUUAAUUUGGCUGGAGGGCGACCGACCGCCUACCAAAAGUCUUUGGACAAAGAAGUGAUGAGGCAAGUGCUCGGGAGUGGUGUAAAAAUGAAAAAGCAAAAUAACGCCGAAGAAGAACAACGACAUAUAGAUGAAGCAAAACAGAACAGAUUACAAGAAACGCCGUCAAUUACUGCCAGGCCGAGCUAUUUUACUUACACCGAGAAAGAAUUCGAAGAAGAUGAUGUUAUGGAGUUGGAUGUUUUAAAAGAGAAUAAUAUAACUUUCAGUUUUCCAGCAGACUACAAAGAGAAAAAAUGUCCAUCGUGCCGAAAGCGGUUCAUGUUUGAUGACUCUAUGAAUGAACACUUGGAAGAGUGCUUACAGUUCAAGCUCAUCAAAUUUAUCCGAGAAGUGUAUCAUCUACUGUUUUUAAAGGAGAAUCGUUCAAUUUCUUCGUUUGAAUUUAUACGUCGUGUUGUUUUUUCAAUCAGAAAAAGUGUUCAACACAUAUCUAGCUACGACGGAGAGAGUGUAGAUGAUGAGGAAGUGGAAGAAACACAACCGGUGCCGGCCACCGAAGAACAACCACUUAUAAUCGAAAGAUCGUUUUUGAGAAAUUUUGAAAAGUUGCGCACCCGCUAUAAUCCGGAGGGAAAUGCAAUACUGUCUCCCUCCUUCCCUCAACAAAUUGAUGAUGGUCAGAGCUCGAUAACGACGGGAUCUUCAUCUAUAUCUCCCAUCGUAAUAGUAACUCGCUGCGAAGAAUGUAUUGCAACAUUCGAAUCGGUAACAGAACUUGAAACGCAUAAUUCAAUCUAUCAUCGCAAGAUUCCAACAACUUCCAUCACACUUAACAAUCAGCAAACCGUUUUUCAAUCAUCACCAUCCAAUGCUCUACCAACUCCUAACGAUGUAUCAUUAAUAAAAAAUCAGCUUCUAUCGAACACAGCGAACCAAAUUGAUGAAUGUUCUACUAUAGUCCAUGAGGAAAAUUUCAAAACGAUCCUUUGCCACACUUGUAAGAAACGCUUUCACAUGAUUUCACAAUUGGACGAGCAUCGGAUUCGCUGUCAUAGUAAAUCGAGUUGUUCUCAAGAGCAAUCAGCCAUGGAGAGUCCUUCCGAUCGCAAUAAGAAAAAUCUCAAUGCCAGCUACUUCUACAGCUGGAAGAUGGAAUAGCUGUAAGAUGUGUAGUAAAGAUGCCGUCGCAAAUGGUUCAGAUUACGUUGUGCAGUUUCGAAAAAGAAACAGUAAUCAAAGUAUCGUGUUCUUUCUUUACGUUCUUUAAAUUAAUCACGAUAUUUUUAAUGCUAUUUUUAUACCACAUGACAAAUUCUGAUGUUCAAUGGCGAAGUGACAAGGAAAUACCCAUUUAUUUAAUAUGUUAAAUUAAUGUGAAAUACAAAACUUGUUUGUAUGCAUCGGAAUUGUAAUUGUUUUAUUCUGCUUCGGAUAUUUUAGGUUCGUUUCAAAUUAACUUUAUUUUUAACCUUAAGACUAUUCUGAACAAAAGCUUUCAUAUCUAAUAUGUAGAUAAACGAUCGUAUCCGACUGGUAUUGGUUCGGAAAUGCGAUCCAUCGUAAUGUAACACAC